UCAUUGCAUAUCGCAUGUUUGGGUUUUUGUAUGAUUAUCCUUCAGUAAAUAUUUAUUUAUUUACUUGGGUUUUUAUUAAAUCGAUAUAUUGAAGCAUCACUGCAGGUUACUACAUUGCGAAUAGUAUACGUUCUUUCUCUUCUUUGGUAAACAGUAACAUACAAAAAUAGAUCCUGCUGCCGUUUCACUGUUAUGCAGCUAGUAUUGAAUGUAAAGCAACUUGCUCAAAGAAGAUGUCUGAAAAAUCUUAUCACGUAUUAAAAACAACAAAAAUGGAAUUUGGCGGAACUUGUGGCGUAGCUGCCAUGAUUGUUUCCCUGCCUUUGACUGUUUACACCAUCAACCUUGCCUGUGAUAAAGAAAGCUGUUCGAUUACAAGAUUGCCAAAGUUUCCUAGCUUUUCAUAUUUCUUUGAUGUGGAAGCCACUUACAUAUUUUUUGGAUGGUUGGCAUUUCAAGUGGUUCUUAGUUUGCUUCCAAUUGGUGAGGUUGUUCCUGGACAACCACUGAAAUCGGGGAAAACACUGAUAUAUAGAUGUAAUGGUUUUCAUGCCUUGUUGAUCAGCUCUGCAGCCUUUGGUUUGGCAGUCUACUGUGAUGUUCCACUGACCAUCGUUUACGACAAGUUCUACCAAAUACUAACAGCAGCCUUGGUGUACUCUGUGUUCCUGAGUAUAGCAUUAUACUUCAAAUCAACAUUGGUUGCAAACUACAAGCUGGCCCCUGGUGGAAACACAGGAAGCAUUAUUUAUGACUUUUUCAUGGGGCAUGAAUUAAAUCCACGAAUUGGAAGCUUAGAUUUGAAGUUUUUCUGUGAGCUACGUCCAGGUUUGAUUGGAUGGGUUAUGCUGAAUUUCGUCUUUGUUCUGAAAGCAUAUCAAGAAACUGGAACAUUUCCUCCAGCACUUACCAUGGUUACAGCAUUUCAGACAUUAUACGUGGCUGAUGGUCUCUAUUUUGAGAGUGCCAUUCUGACAACAAUGGAUAUUAUGCAUGAUGGCUUUGGAUACAUGUUAAUAUUUGGUGAUCUGGUGUGGGUACCUUUCUUGUACUGCCUACAGACCCGCUAUCUACUGGAGCACCCUACAGAGUUAACGUGGUAUACAAUGUGUGGCAUUGUUGCACUCAACUUUGUAGGAUAUUACAUCUUUAGAUCUUCAAAUUCUGAAAAGAACGAGUUUAGAAAGAAUCCACAUGAUCCUAAGUUUGCUAAUUACGAGACGAUUCCAACAGUGUCUGGCAAGAAGCUGCUUGUGUCUGGUUGGUGGGGAAUGGUUAGAAAACCCAACUACCUGGGUGACCUGUGCAUGGCUCUGGCCUGGUCUUUGCCUUGUGGAUUAAAUGCACUGACCUACUUCUAUCCAAUCUACUUCCUGAUCUUGUUAGUGCAUCGAGAAAGACGGGAUGGUAAUGAAUGCAAGAAGAAGUAUGGAUCCAGUUGGGAUCGCUACUGUCAACGUGUUAAAUACAGGAUCUUUCCUCACUUGUAUUGAGUGUGGAGUUUAAUGUUUGGAGCACUUUCCACAUGAAGUAACAAAAUCUGAGGCAGAAGACCUGUAGUGAAUACUGCCAAGUGCUAUUAAUGUUUCUAUGAACAUCUGUUUAUUAGAGUGGCAGAAUAUAUGCUCAAGUUCUUUAAGUUCCUCCAUACUUUUAAAUCUCUAUUCACGUUUCCUCAGUUUCCGGUGAUAUUGUGAUCUUUUUGUGAAAAUAUGUCUGAAUAAACUUUGUCACAAUAUACUGUCAUAAUUAGUCGAACCUUUAGCAAAUUGUGUGUUUGCCAUUAAAAAAAAAGAAGAAACUCCCAUUGGCAAGGUGAAUCAAUGGUUCCUGUUGCCAAACUGCACACCAGAUUGCUAUAUAAAUAUAAAGUGAUAUGUUACUUGGUGUUCCUGAAAAGAAAAAAGAAAGAAAGAAAUGUUUUAUUUAACGACACACUCAACACAUUUUAUUUACGGUCCUGAAAAGAAGAAAGGUCGAAGAAAACUGUUAUUGGUUACAUCACAGCUAAAGUGUGCAAGAAACCAACUACUGGUAUUAACAUCAGCUGAAGUGUAGUUUGAUUAGUGUUUCUUUGUAUAUUUGCAUAUCAAAGAUCCCUUGCUGCAUUAGAAAAAGUGUAGUGGGUUUCCUCUCUAUGACUGAGUCAAAAUGACAUGCAGUAGCCGAUGAUUAAUAAAUUAAUGUGCUCUAGUGGUGUUGUUAAACGAAACAAACUUCUUUGUGUAUUUCAUCAAUUAAAAUACCCUACCCCACCCCAUCUGUGGAGGAGCAGUUAAAUGAAAAACUUAAUUUGGUCAUCCUUACGGGGAAAAAAUGUGUAAUUACUGUAGCGAACUACUGUGAUAUAAACAUAAUAUUUGUUCCAUCCUUUUGGAAUAAUAGUAUCUUCCAUUUGAUUUUUUCUAAUAAAAAUCCUUUUUUAAUUUUUUGUAAUUUACACACUUAUUAUUAGCACCAUAGGCAAUGAUUUUCUUUAGUACUAACAAAUGGUUUUUGUUAUUAAUUGGAGAAAUAAUUGUAAUCAGACAGAUUUAGUCUCCUAAAUAGCAUUUUUAAAUGCAAAUAUCAUUAGGAAUAUAUAUUUUUACUGCAGAAGAUGUCAUUGGGAAUAUGUCUUUUAAUGAUGAAAGUAGUGCUGUCACUUGGAGUACAUCAAAUAUUUAGUGUGUGAUGUAUGUUUUAAUAUUUUUUAUUUGUUCUGUUUGGUUUGUAUUUAUAUGUAUUAUUUGUUAAAAAUAAAUAGAUUAAAAA